GACGGAGUCUAUCACCUUGAAAAACUAAUUAAGGAAAAUAGCUAGAGGUGAUUUAUGGAUUCGAUGAGAGGAGAUAAAAGCUCAACGUAACGUACUGGUUAGUACGCAGAUCACAUUCUGUCAUUCCCGGCACAACUAGUCUCAUCCAGCUGUUAUUCAAAAUGAAGUCUGUCAUUGUGAGCCUGUCAUUGUUGUGCUUGUUGGUCGGCGUUUCGGAGGCGUGGUUCCUCAAUCUCAAGUCCGGCAAGUCUGACAAAGCAGCUAAAGUAACGUCAGCACCGAAUUCACGAAAAAUCAUUCUGGUAGCCAAGAAGGUCUACGUUCCGAUGUACGCGUCUGACGACACGGCCUCAGCAGUUGCCGACCGACUUCUGCCCAUUUCUCCCGCACUGACAUUUUCUGAUGGAACUCUGAUGGAUGGACGCCAACAGCCAAUGGCCGUCGACUAUUCCAGCUCGAUGUAUCUUCAACCACCUCCAGUUGCAUCAUACGCCAUGUACGCUCCCGCUUCGGCUAACGUGGCCGCCACUUACGCAGCUCCUGUCCAGAUCCCUGCUGUUGUUGCUGACCAGGGUGUUUUACCCCAACAAUAUGCCGUUUACCCCGCUGGAAACGGAGCUGCUGGCCCGCAAUACUUUCAAUACGCUGGUGCUCAGCAGAUGUCUGAUGGGACUUGGGUGAUGCAAUACUCCGGAGCUGGAGAUGCGGUUGCUGAAGGUGCGCCUUACCCGCCAUCAGGAAACGACAAAGAGACGGUUGCCGAUGGAUCUGCAGUUCCGGUUCCAACUGAAGCGUAUGCAAAUGCUUGACUGAAGUGAUCACAUUGGUUUUAUCUGUAACUUAACCUUAUUUUAUUAACCAUAAUUGACAUGCUGGACAAAAUUGUUGACUGUAAAUAAUAACCGGAGAAUAGUGACACAAUAAAGUAUUUUUACCAAA